UAAUCUUCUUACAAGAUCCUAUUCCCGUCAUCCCUAUGCAAAAGACUUCGAAGACAGCUGCUAAAGAUUAUGUCAACAACCAAGUGUAAAACAAAAAGCCUAUCGUGAACUGUGACACGAUUCCCCGGUAAUGGAUAUCACGAGGAAUAGAUCCCAGACAGAGAACCAAUUGGUAUAGGAAAGUGCUUAAAAGCCUCGACUAUUAAGCAAAAGUUGUCAUUCAUCAAGGCUGGUUGCAUCUUCGUUUAAGAUUUUCAGUCGAACAACUAAAUAUUUAAUUGCAAAAUCAGGAUUGCUACAUUCAAACGUCUCAAAACUAUUAGCCGGAUAAGAACAUAAGUUCACCUGCAACGCUAAUAUGGACGGCAAUCUAAGUACUGCUCCAACUAUUGAUCCACUGGCAGUAACUGCGCGUUACGAGUGGCAGGUCAUAGUCGAAACACUGAUAUCUAUUCUCAUUGCAUUCUUCUCCAUAUCUGGCAACACGCUUGUAUUUCUUGCAGUGUACCGUGAUGCCAGCCUACGAACAGUUCCCAAUGCCUUUAUCAUCAGUCUCGCUAUUACAGACUUUCUUUUCGCCACUACAAGACAACCCAUGUUCAUCCAUACUUUACUGGUAGGGCACUGGGACUUCAGUGAUGCCGUCUGUCAAUUCCAAGGCUUCCAAGGAUAUAAUCUAUUCGCAGCAACACUAUUCACACUCUCUGCCAUCAGCAUUAGCAGAUUCUGCCUGAUCGUCUACCCAUUACACUAUAAAAGUAUAUUCUCCAAGAAAUCCGUUCCCAGAGUCAUAGCAUGCAUCUGGGUGUUUUCUGUUCUUCUCUGUAUUGGUCCUCUGUUUGGUUGGGGCGAAUACAAGUUUGAUACACAAGGCUCCAUCUGUACUUUUGACCACAAGUCAAGCAAAUCGUACCACAUCUUAACCAACACCAUCGUACAAGUCAAUGUUGUUAUCCUUAUCUUCUGUUAUGUGAUGAUAUUCCGAACGGUUCGCGCACACCAAAGGCGCAUCAGACUACAGGAAACGAUUGAAAAUGGACUAACAAUCGAGAACGAAGCAAACUCGCCCGAAAACCAACACCCAAAUGAGCAUUCCCAUGAGCACUUCAAACGCGAGGAGAUCUACAUCACCCGGACAUUGUUAAUUGUAGUCUGUCUGUUUGGGAUGUGCUGGCUACCGACCGCUAUUCUCAGUAAUCUUGAGUCAGCCAAUGUUAAUCUUCCACGCUGGGUGCGUUUACUAGAGACCAUGAGUAUUGGAAUGAACUCUAUGGUCAACCCUUUGGUCUAUGGAAUCAGAAGCCCUAAGUUCAGAAGAGCAUUUCUGCAGGCUUUAAGAUGCCAAUAAAACCAGUUGCUUUACAGCAAUCCAUGGCUACAUGGCCACCCUUAGUUUUGACGUUCCUAUCUACAACAUUAUUAUUAUUCGGCUUUGAAACUUUCCUGAUUCAAGACGCGAGAUACAUCGCAGUUAACUCGAAAAAUCCGUGAUGCCAGGAAUUCUGCGGCAACAAAAAUUGUGUUCAGUUUGUACACCCUGUGAGCAUUAAGGGGCUAGAAGAGGAGAUCCUGUACGAAGUAGCGCUUGCUCUAACACGAAAUAGAUCACUAGUAGUACCAAUGCACUUUACCUCACGUAUUGUAGAGCGUCAUCCGAGACUGAUCGUGCGAAGAUCCUCGGGCAUUGGUUGGCGAGACGUUUGGUGAGCGGAUGUCUUCUUUAUCUCUUCAUGAAAGCUGUUCUGCAGAAAUAUAUAAAAAGAAUGUACAAUUUUGGUAAGCGCGCGAUUUAUAAUCAAACGUAGGAGUUUCUAGCUAAUAUUGUUAAAAGUCCCGUGUUUAUUUCAUUUAUUUUUUUCGUUUCUGAUUGAUGAUGAAGGAGAAAUGUCUUUUAACCGUUAGCGCCGAUGCUUCAUCUUUGCUUCAAGGGUUUUUCAGCAGGACCGCAGCAAGAGAGCAAACAAUAACGCGAGCAAGAGAGCAAAUAGCUUUUGGAACUAUUAGUACAGGUGUUCCAAACCCCUAAUAAAAGACUCUAAAAAAAUCUUUCUACACGUUUGAUAGUUUGCAAAUACAUGUUAGGCCUAGGAAACGCAGCACAGUGGACAAUAAAACACUCAUUGUAACGCUUCAAGCACAGGUAUAUUUGUUUGACUUGUUUGAGUGACAUGAUUAAAGUCUGUUUAAAAUAUU